UACUGGGAACCCACCACGAAAAAGGGGCUCAGACCUUUUGGUCUGUUGUCAACCGACUGCCUCUGUCCAGCAACGCGGUGCUCUGCUGGAAGUUCUGCCACGUGUUCCACAAACUCCUCCGAGAUGGACAUCCGAAUGUCCUGAAAGACUCUCUGAGAUACAGGAAUGACUUGAGUGACAUGAGCAGGAUGUGGGGUCACCUGAGUGAGGGGUAUGGGCAGCUUUGCAGCAUCUACCUCAAACUGCUGAGAACGAAGAUGGAGUACCAUACCAAAAAUCCCAGGUUCCCAGGCAACCUUCAGAUGAGUGACCGACAGCUGGACGAGGCUGGAGAAAGUGAUGUUAACAAUUUUUUCCAGUUAACAGUGGAGAUGUUUGACUACCUGGAGUGUGAACUAAACCUCUUCCAAACUGUGUUCAACUCCUUGGACAUGUCGCGCUCUGUGUCGGUGACGACAGCUGGGCAGUGCCGCCUCGCCCCGCUGAUCCAGGUCAUAUUGGACUGCAGCCACCUCUACGACUACACUGUCAAGCUUCUCUUCAAACUCCACUCCUGCCUCCCAGCUGACACCUUGCAAGGCCACCGGGACCGCUUCAUGGAGCAGUUCACAAAGUUGAAAGAUCUGUUCUACCGCUCGAGCAACCUCCAGUACUUCAAGCGGCUCAUUCAGAUCCCUCAGCUGCCCGAGAACCCACCCAACUUCCUGCGAGCCUCAGCCCUGUCGGAACACAUCAGCCCUGUGGUGGUGAUCCCGGUGGAAGCCUCGUCCCCUGACAGCGAGCCGGUCUUGGAGAAGGAUGACCUUAUGGACAUGGACCCCUCCCAGCAGAAUUUAUUUGACAACAAGUUUGAUGACAUCUUUGGCAGCUCGUUCAGCAGUGACCCCUUCAAUUUCAACAGUCAGAAUGGCGUCAACAGGGAUGAGAAGGACCACUUAAUUGAGCGGCUGUACAGAGAGAUCAGUGCGCUGAAGGCACAGCUGGAAAACGUAAAGGCCGAGGGCCAGCGGGCCGUGCUGCAGCUGAAGGGUCGCGUCAGCGAGCUGGAAGCCGAGCUGGCGGAGCAGCGGCACCUGCGGCAGCAGGCGGCCGACGACUGCGAGUUCCUCCGGGCAGAGCUGGACGAGCUCCGGCGGCAAUGGGAGGACACCGAGAAGGCUCAGCGGAGCCUGACCGAGAUAGAGAGGAAGGCGCAAGCCAACGAGCAGCGGUACAGCAAGCUGAAGGAGAAGUACAGCGAGCUGGUGCAGAACCACGCCGACCUGCUGCGGAAGAAUGCAGAGGUGACCAAACAGAUGUCUGUGGCCAGACAAGCCCAGGUAGAUUUGGAACGAGAGAAGAAAGAACUGGAGGGUACCUUGGAGCACAUCAGUGACCAGGGCCAGCGGAAGACUCAAGAACAGCUGGAAGUUCUAGAGAGCUUGAAGCAAGAACUUGCCACCAGCAAACUAGAGCUGCAGGUCCUCCAGAACAGCCUGGAAACUUCUGCCCAGUCAGAAGCAAAAUGGGUGGCCCAGAUCACCAACCUCGAGAAGGAACGGGCCAGCCUUGUGAGUUCUGCAGCUUCUCGGGAGAAGGAAUUGUCCACCCUUCAGGAACAGCUGGAACACGCCCAGCUCAAACUGGCCAGCUCGCAGGAGUCUAUGUGCCAACUCAAGAAAGACCAACAGAAAAUGCUUCUCGUGGAGUCAAGGAAGUCUGCAGAGCAGGUGAUACAAGAGGCCCUGAGCCAGCUCGAAGAACCCACGCUCAUCAGCUGCGCUGGGUCUGCAGAUCACCUUCUCUCCGCGGUCAAGUCUGCUUCCAGCUGCAUCGAUCGACUGGAAAAAAGCUGGAGCCAGUAUCUGGCCUGCCCGGAAGAUAUCGGUGGGCUUCUCCAUUCAAUAAUCCUGCUUGCCCAUUUGACCAGUGACACCAUUGCUCACGGUAGCACCACCAGCCUUAGAAGCCCGCCGGAGCCUGCUGACUCUCUGACAGAGGCCUGUAAGGAGUACGGCAUGGAGACCCUCAUCUACCUGGCCGCCCUGGAGGAACAGGGAACCGUUGAGGAUGCCGACAGCACAGCCAUGAGGAACUGCCUUAGCAAGAUCAAGGCCAUUGGCGAGGAGCUCCUGCCCAGGGGCCUGGACAUCAAACAGGAGGAGCUGGGAGACCUGGUGGACAAGGAGAUGGCAGCCACUUCAGCUGCCAUUGAAACCGCCACGGCCAGAAUAGAGGAAAUGCUCAGCAAAUCGCGAGCAGGAGACACAGGAGUCAAAUUGGAGGUGAACGAAAGGAUCCUUGGUUCCUGUACCAGCCUCAUGCAAGCUAUUCAGGUGCUGAUCGUGGCCUCUAAGGACCUCCAGAGAGAGAUUGUGGAGAGCGGCAGGGGUACAGCAUCCCCUAAAGAGUUUUACGCCAAGAACUCUCGAUGGACAGAAGGACUCAUCUCAGCCUCCAAAGCUGUGGGCUGGGGAGCUACUGUCAUGGUGGAUGCAGCUGAUCUGGUGGUCCAAGGCAGAGGGAAAUUUGAGGAGCUAAUGGUGUGUUCACAUGAAAUUGCUGCUAGCACAGCCCAGCUCGUGGCUGCAUCCAAGGUAAAAGCCGAUAAGGACAGCCCCAACCUAGCACAGCUGCAGCAGGCCUCUCGGGGAGUGAACCAGGCCACUGCCGGGGUCGUGGCCUCAACCAUUUCCGGCAAAUCACAGAUCGAGGAGACAGACAAUAUGGACUUCUCGAGCAUGACACUGACCCAGAUCAAACGCCAAGAGAUGGAUUCCCAGGUUAGGGUGCUGGAGCUAGAAAACGAAUUGCAGAAGGAGCGUCAGAAACUGGGAGAACUUCGGAAAAAGCACUACGAGCUUGCCGGUGUUGCUGAGGGCUGGGAAGAAGGAACAGAAGCGUCUCCACCUGCACUGCAAGAAGCGGUAACCGAAAAAGAAUAGAGCCAAACUGACACCCCAUGCGUCAGAGUGUAAAUCCUUGUUACCCAUCUCUGUGUGUGUUAUUUCCCCAGCCACAGACCAAAUCGGUGGAAGUCCCCGUGGCAGCCACGCCACUCCCGUUGCCCAGUGCUGAGGACCUGCAUGACCCUUCCAAAGACUCCCUCCACAGUGACACCCGUCCUGUUUGAACCCACGGUCUCUGUUCUUUGCCCGCCUCCCUAGUGUCCAGGCCGCCCAUGAACAACCUCAGGUCCAAAGAGGAGGGGGUCAGGCCAUGCACCACAGCGACCUCCAUCCAUGCCUGCCUCCUUUUGCCCCCCACAACAAUUGGUGUCCUUAUUAGAGGGGCUUCUUGGUGUCGUCAAGAGCUUGGAGAGGGAAGAUCUUAUGCAUUUUUUUUUUCUGUUUUCUUCUCAGUCUGUUCAGUUUCAUCAUUUGCACAAACUUGUGAGCAUCAGAGGGCUGGUGGAUUCCAAACCAGGACACUACCCUGAAUCCGCACAGUCAGAAGAACAGCGGGGUGUCCUGGCUGAGAAUGCCAGCACAGUUCUACCCCUCUCUGGGCAGUUUCGUGGAUUCCCACUGCUUCUUAUGGUGGUUGGUUGGGGUUUUUUGGUUUGAUUUUUUUUUAAAUUUCACUCACAUAGCCAACUGUCCCAAAGGGCAUGUCCCUGGAACUCUGAGUUCCCUGGGACCCCACCCCACGGCAGUUCCAGCAACGGUGCUGCUCAGGCUUCGCCUUGGUGCUCCACCUCCGCCUCCUGCUGAGCGAGGGCUGGGUGGCCGAGGCCACGCUCCAGCGUCAGGCAGAGCUGCUGAGUAACAGCUUGUCCUCAAAAGGCAGAAGCAGAGCGAGUGCCUUUCCUCCCUCCAGCUGGACUCCAGCUGGAAGCCUCUGUCCCCCUUCACAAGUGAGAGGGUAACAGAAGGAGGGACAGGAGAGGUAUGCAUGGCCCAGGUCUUCAGGGGACACCCUUCUUAGGAAUUCCUGUGACCAGGCUCAAAAACCUUAACUCACGCUUGAACCAAGCUGGUGAGAGUAACAACACUACUUCCCCUGGAAUGAAUCGUCCAUGUCACGUCAAGUGGGCCACCUCCCUUCAUUCACAGGCGGGGCCCUAAGAGGGAUCGUGGGAGGGAUUCCCAACUCUGUUCUCCAGACGUCUGCCUUGGCAUCCUCUUGAAUCUGAAGAAGAUCGUUCCAUAUUCUACCCAGUUGACAGACCCAGAAGAUCAGACACGCUUGCUCCCAUCAGGAAAGAGCCUUGUGCUUGGUUUGGUACCCUUAGUAUUUAUUACUAACCUCCUUCAAGUGGCAACAGCCUACAGAAAUUUGCCUGUGACUGUGACAAGGCUUGUAUCGCUGCCCUGCGGCAUCAGCCUUCAAGAAACAGCAGCACAAGGCCAAGGUGCCAUCCCUGGAUUGUUCCUGGCGUGGAUCCCAAAGCAAGCAGGUCCCUCCAAGCUUUUGGGUCAGGGAAAUGGGAAAGGGGAGCCACUGGCUCUGAUGCUUUCCAGCCACACCUUCCAGGCUCUUGCUGCCCAGCAGAUAGGAUAAGGACAGAGGGCACAUGAACAGCCUCCUAGAGAUGGGCAGCCUGCCAGCACUUUUCCACUCCCAGAUGGACCCCAGCAUCUAAGUGGCCUUCUGAUCUUGGAAAAACAACGUCUUCCUUCUUUAUCUCUAGCAACUCAGUAGUAGUAGCCAACAAGCACUUCCCGGAACUGGUCACAAAGGAACAUUGCUAAGUUUUGCUACGUGAUGGGUUGUGAGACUGCUGUUCGAUCACUGUGAAUCAGCCCCCCUCUUUCUACCCCACCCCCCCAGCUCCCUUUCUGUGCAUUUUCUAAGUGGGGCACUCCAAAAAACAGUCUCCCAGGAUCUCAGAUGACCACACUCAGAUGUGACCUCCAUAUUGGGCUAAGGAGGUAUCAGCAGUAGGAACCGGGCAGUCUUAAGUUUAAUGCUGCUUUGUGCUUAGUGUUCUUCCAUCCCAAGGCUCAGGACUGGUGUGCGGCAUCCCUGUCCCAGUUGUGCCAGUUAAGCCAAUCAGUGUGUUCUCAGUGUGGGUCGCCGGUUUCAAAAGUGGCUGGUCCUCACUUCCAGGGUUGCAACCAUUCAAACGCAUGUGUUCUGAAUUACCAGUGGGGGGAAAAGUGUAGUGCAUUGGACCAGAUUAGGAUGCUCUGAAUAACACUCCCUCUAAAAAGAAGCCACAGUAAUUUUUAAAACCUUCCCGGACUUAGUCUAAGUAAUAAAACAGUUAAGAAAGCACUUAAACAGGAGCACCGGCUAAUUCAGUGUCACAUGGGGAAAUACCUGUAGAUGGAGUGUGAUUACUUUCAUAAUAGCUCAGAUUAGAAACUGUUCCAUUCUCCAGCCAAAGUCAAAUUGUCCUGCCUUGGCUCCUCUAAAAACGAAUGCGUUCUACUUGCUGUGAAAUACCUUUGAUUAAAACAGGAAUCACAUCUUAAAGCUAAAAAUGAACUUCACAGGCCUUUUAAAUGAGUCACUGAGCAUCACUAGUGACCGAAGUCUUGGGAUGAGUGUAAAUGGGUCAUGACAAGACAACAUGGCAAGAAAAAAAUGGCUUAGGAUGAAUAAGAGGUUGAUAUUCAGUUGCAACUUAAUUUUGUCAUACAGAGCUCUAAUACCUCUAGAGUAAGGAUAUUUGUAUACAUAAUAAGGGAAAAAAAUAGAAGAAAAGACUCCUUUGUGGGGUUAUUUUAUAUCUGAGCAAGGGGUUCAAAUUAGACCAUAAUUUAGAUUGUUUGCCAAUCCUGCUGCCAUCGGCAGUGUCCCUAGGAGCCCACCUGAAUAUGAGUCCUUAACCCAGUGGCUGGAAGAAUCAAACGCUGCCCAGAGCAUCCUUUCUUGGAAUUGUUUUCAGCUCCAAGUCAGACACCAAGGUUUAUACCAGGUAGCGCAGGGAUCACGAGUACAUGUCACUUCGGUUAGGUUUGUUUGCUUUGGCCUCUUGCCCCUGAGAAGGAGCUGGUUCUCAGCUUGCACCGGGGAAGUUCUCAUUUCUUUGUCAGCUUCUUAGUCGAGAGGAGUCUACUGGCUCUACUUCACCCUGGUCUUUAAUAACUGGGAAAUGUCUUGCUACCUUCUACCACCUUUCCAAAUCUCUGGAAAUCCUUCCUGCCAAUGAAAGCCUUCAGUCCCAAACUUGGCCUUCCAAGCAGACCGGCUUUGCCCUCUCUCUGCCAUCCUUGGUCCACCAGAGACUGCACCACCUGGAGCAGAGAAAACCACCAUCAUGGGCCUGCCAGCCGUCAGCACAGCAAACUGGGCCAGCAACGUGUGCUCAAUUUCUUCUUCUCCCAGGUCCACACCAAAUACAGGAUCAGCAACACACAGUGGUGGCACCGCCUCACCCCAGGAGCCAAAGCGAGAUGAAACAAUUGGUUAGAUGCUGUUGGGUCCGAUUCUGAGAGUAGAUUUUUCCAGACAUGUCUUUCAGGUGACCCUCAACUACCUCAGGUUUGAAGGCCCUAAAUUAAGCGGAUUACCACUCAUAGGGACAAACCGAGGGGGUUUCGGUUAAAUCUUGGUGAUAAUGCAAUUGUCUCAAACUUAGAACAAACUCUUUCACGUUUAGAUUUGCAGGGAUAGGGUUGGGUUUAUUUUUCCUUCUGUUUUUAACCUGUCCCCCAAUUUUUCAUUAGGAUAGUUCCUACUAAUGAAUUUCAUUUUUCACUGAGUGCCUACCUUCCCAGGGCAGGUAGCCACUGGCUUUUGUUUCCUUCCAACAAUACUUUUAUUAUGGUGUUAAGACCUUUCUUUGUAUAAUACAUGCAUCUGUGUUUUCAAUUUUUCAAAUAAAUAUUUCAGCCUGGCAA